GCUAUCAGCUGACCAGAUGAUCAGUCAUCACCAACAUCAACAGUUAAAAGAUAAGCUGAACCCAAUCCCAGAACCAUAUUUAGCUCAAUAUUUUCUAUACAACUUAUUAUUUGGGCCAGAGUUUUUCUGAAGCUCCACUGCAGUAGUGCAUUUCCUAAUUUAGAAUCAAUGGCUGUUAGAUACUUUCUUUCAGCUCCUACACUUAUUCUGAAUUCAUCUUCGUCCGAAAGGGAAAAGCCUUCCCACAGACUCUUUGUGCAUGCAAGCAAUAGCAAAAUCUCAAUCAACAAUAAUACAAUCACAACUACUUUUAAUCAUCUUGGUACCAGAUCAGCUUCCAACAUCAAGCUUAAGGUAUUCGAAGAUCGGUCUAAGGGGAUAGUUUGUUAUAAAGAUGAGAAUGGAGAGAUCACCUGUGAAGGAUAUGAUGAAGGUCCUCGUUUCAGCCAGCAAUUCCCAAGUUUUUCUUAUCGUUCGAGAGACAGAGAAAUUAUAGAGCUUCUCGAAAGAUGUUGCUUUCAUAUGGCUGAUGCUGCUGAUCAAUUCAACCCUGCAGAGUAAUGGAGUUUCCAAGCUUACUUGCUCAGAUAAUGUGUUUAACCACAAGAAAAGAACAAGGACCUUCAUUUCAUGGUCCAAUUGUAACAACAAGAAGUAAGAUUUACAAGUGGAAAUUUAUUUUACCAAUCCAACCCAAUGCUUGUGACUCUAUAUCCUGUUUCUUCUCUCACUAGUUAAUAGAAUAGAGUGAAUUUCAAGUCCAA